CCUGUUCUUUCUGGGGGCGCAGGUUUGACUGUGGUGGUGUGGUGUACACACACAGUUAUUGCCUUGAUGCCCAGCUGGGGGUGGGGGUGGGGCACCUUGAUUUGAACCAUUUCAUGUCUUCCUCUCAAAGUCCUAGGCAGCACAAGUGGUGCUUCCUCCAUGUCGCAAACACUGAGACUCAGGGGUCAGGUAACCUGACCGGGCUGCGGCUGGGCAAGGAUUUGGCCACACAGCUUGUUCUUAACCAUCUCUCAUUGCCUCCAGGUAAACAUCAUAUUGGCACAAUGGUGGGGCUGGGAGCCUGCAGCCUGACUGGAGUUACCCUGAUCCUCUUGCUGCUCCCCAGAGGUCUGGAGAGCUGCGGGCAUAUCAGGAUCUCAACCCCCGUUGUCCGCCUGGGGGACCCUGUCAUAGCCUCCUGCACCCUCAGCCCAAACUGCAGCAAACUGGACCAAGAGCCACAGAUUCUAUGGAGACUGGGAGAUGAGCCGAACCAGCAAGGAGACAGACAGUGGCACCUGCCUGAUGGGACCCAGGAAUCCACCAUCACUCUGCCUCACCUGAACUACACCCAGGCCUUUCUCUCCUGCUUAGUGUCAUGGGCCAACAGCUUCCAGGUCCUGGAUCAAGCUGAGCUUCGGGCAGGCUAUCCUCCUACCAGCCCCUCCAAUCUGUCCUGCCUCAUGUACCUCAUCACCAACAGCCUGGUCUGCCAGUGGGAGCCAGGCCCUGAGACCCACCUGCCCACCAGCUUCAUCCUAAAGAGCUUCCAGAGCCGCGCUGACUGUCAAUACCAGAGGGACUCCAUCUUGGACUGUGUGCCAGAGGACAGGCAGAACAGCUGCUCCAUCCCCCGGAAACACUUGAUCCUGUACCAGAAUAUGGUUAUCUGGGUGCAAGCGGAGAAUGCACUUGGGACCAGCGAGUCGCCAAAACUGUGCCUUGACCCCAUGGAUGUUGUGAAAUUGGAGCCUCCCACGCUGCAGGCCCUGGACCUCAGCCCUGAUAGAGUCCCACACGUGCCUGGCUGCCUGUGGCUGAGCUGGAAGCCGUGGGAACCCAGCAAGUUCAUGGAGCAGGAGUGUGAACUCCGCUACCAGCCGCAGCUUGGAGGAGCCAACUGGACACUGGUGUCCCACCUGCCUUCCAGCAAGGACCAGUUCAAGCUCUGUGGGCUCCAACAGGUCCCAGUCUACACCCUACAGAUGCGAUGCAUCCGCUCCCCUCUGCCUGGACUCUGGAGUAGCUGGAGCCCUGGCCUGCAGCUGAGGCCCACCAUUAAGGCCCCUGUCAUCAGACUGGACACAUGGUGGCAAAAGAAGCAACUGGAUCCUGGGACAAUAAGUGUGCGACUGUUCUGGAAGCCAACACCCCUACAGGAAGACAGUGGGCAGAUCCAUGGCUACCUGCUCUCCUGGAGUUCCUCAGCUCAGCAAGGGCAAGGCAUGCACCUCUGCAACACCACAGAGCUCAGCUGUACCUUCCACCUGCCCUCAGAGGCCCAGAACGUGACCCUCGUGGCCUACAAUGAAGCAGGGACCUCUCUACCUACUCCAGUGGUUUUCUUGGAGAACAAAGGUCCAGCUGUGACCAGCCUCCAUGCCAUGGCCCGAGACCCUGGGAGCAUCUGGGUAGACUGGGAAGCCCCCAGCUCCCUGCCUCAGGGCUAUCUGAUUGAGUGGGGCCCGGGGCCCGACCACAACUACGGCAAUAAGAGCUGGAGGAUCGAAGCUGAGGGGAGCAUCACUGGAAUUCUGUUACAGGACAACAUAAGUCCCUUUCAGCUCUACGAAAUCAUAGUGGCUCCCCUGUACCCAGGCACCGUGGGACCCUCCGCACAUGUCUAUACCUACUCUGGAGAGAGAGCCCUUCCUCAUGCUCCAGAGCUACAUCUGAAGCACAUUGGCAGGACCUGGGCACAGCUGGAGUGGGUACCCCAGACCCCUCGGCUGGGGAUGAUACCCCUCACCCACUACACCAUCUUCUGGACCGAUGCUCGCAACCAGUCCUUCUCCACCGUCCUGAACAUCUCCUUCCGUGGCUUUGUCCUGAACCACCUGCAGCCUGCCAGUUUGUAUCAUGUCUACCUCAUGGCCACCAGCCGGGCAGGCUCCACCAACAGUACAGGCCUCACGCUGAUGACCAUGGCCCUAGAGACAGAGCUACACAUUUUCCUGAGCAUACUUUGCAUCCUAUUUUUCUUCAUCUUCUGUGCAGCUUCCUGGUGCUUGUGCAAGAAGAGCAGGAAGAAUUUCUUCUGGCCAAAUGUGCCAGACCCAGCCCACAGCAGCCUGAGCUCCUGGGUGCCCACCAUCAUGACAGAGGAAAUCUUCCAGCUGCCCAGCUUCUGGGAGUCCGGCUUGCCACCGAUCACCAAGAUCACUGUACUGGAGGAAGACAAGAAACCAACUCACUGGGAUUCCAGUGAAAGCUUUGGGACCAGCAGCCUUCCAGCCCUGGUUCAGGCCUAUGUUCUCCAGGAUGAUCCAAGAGCAAUUUCCAACCAGUUCCAGCCCCACUCUGGCACUAGUGACCAGGUCCUUUAUGGUCAGGUGCUGGAGAGCCCCACCAGCCCAGGAGGAGUUCGGUACCUUCGCUGUGACUCCACUCAGCCCCUCUUGGGGGGCCCCACACCCAGCCCUAAAUCCUAUGAAAAUGCCUGGUUCCAUUCAAGACUCCAGGAGACCUUUGUGCCCCAACCUCCAAACCAGGAAGAUGACUGUGUCUUUGGGCCAUCGUUUGAUUUUCCCCUCUUUCAGGGGCUCCAGGUCCAUGGAGUUGAAGAAUAAGGAGGCUUCUAG